UCCCCCACCCACAAGAUGGGCUUGGUGGGGCAAGAGGACUGUACCCCCCCACCCCCCCGGAAUCAAUCCUUUCCAGAGAGGCACUUUCUGGGAAACCGGCUCCUUCAGCGCGAAUUCCUGGCCUGGAUGAUGGAAAAAAAACCAACGGGCACUUCGAAGCCGCCGUGUAACGGGCGCCCUGAGCACCACAGCAAUCAAAUUAAAAAAAAACACACUCUCGCUGGGAGCGGGUCGCUACCUGCUGAUUUACUUGGACGCAAUUAUUUGUUUUAAUUAUAUCCCGAUCAUCACAGUAGGUAGACACGGCUUUCCCUCCUCAUCGACCCCCGUCCGCCAUAACCCGUCCGUUCCCCGCCGAGUUAAUUCUUCAUGUUGUUUUUCUCGUCUGCACUCCUCCUCCCGGCCGCCGCGCUCGGUGCAAAUCAAGACACUAGCUCGAGCUACAGGCCCCCUGGAGCCUGUCCUAUUGGCCAGGCGUCGGAAGGCACAGGCCAAUCGGGAGAAAGGGGUCGGUUCUACUGCGGUUACGAUUGGUAAAUAAUGCCGUCCAUCAUCGCGACGGAGGCGGGUCUCGCCAACGGACUGCCCGCUCGCCCAAUCGCCAUCGCGUCUCCGCUGUGGGCGGGGACCAAGAAACUUGGUUUGAAAACCCCAACAAAUCAAACGAUUUCGGGUUGAGAUGAGAGUUUCAAACUACCGAGUUCUGACUUAGGAGCGAAUCAUUGGUCGACUGUGAGUAACCGACGGUAGAACGUGAAUUAUCAACAGUGAGAACGCCAUUUUUGAAAUGUAUUUUUAACCGACGUUGCUAAGUUACGGGAGAGGCUGAUGGUGAUUGGCGGGGCGGUGUUGAACGGUGUUGGCCAAUGGCGUCGGCGGUCUCUGUGUCACGUACCAUGACGUCACGAGGCUGCGGGUGGAAGUGCCGGCCCCAGGGUCUUGAAUGGGCGGGGCCGGCUCAGUAGGCGGAGCGAUGGGCGAGGUCAACACCGUCAAGUGUGUGGUGGAGUUCGAGGCGGCUUUGCGGGAGAGUGAGCAGCGCUUGGUCGUCAUGCUCUUUUCCGCGCACUGGUGCGAGUUCUGCCAGAUGAUCCAGCUCUACUUCGAUGAGUUCGCCGAGUCCUAUCCGGAGGUGGCCUUCUACGAGGUUGACAUCAACGUAGCCAAGGACGUGGUGCAGCUUUGCCGCAUUGAGUGGUUCCCCACCUUCCAGUUCUACAGGACCGGAGCCAAGAUCUUUCAGUUCAAGGGACCCAACCGCUGCCUUCUGGAGCGGAUGAUCCAAAAGCUGCAGGGAGAUGAUUUGCAGUGUUCACCUAAAUUAAAGCAGGCCAAUACCUAAUGGUUUUCUGUCUGCGUUUUCUUUUUCUCCCCUUUUUGAAGAUUAGAGUCACGGAGGUUUCACAGCACAGAGCAUUACCGCACCAUUCACCUCAUUAUUCCAACCCCGUUCUCAAGCAAUUGACCAGUAGUAUUUUAGUUAAAAAUCACACAUCAGGUAAUAGUCCAACAGGUUUAAUUGGAAGCACUAGCUUUCGGAGUAUUUUAGAUAUAUUAAGUAGUAUUCAUUUUCUAGGUGAGAGAAAGGUUAUAUUUUUCGGGCAAGUUUAUAAAAUAAUAAUUGGUACCAAGCAAACGUAAUCGUGGAUAUUCCAUUCCAAAAUACAGAACUGGGGAUAUCAUUUACCAGUAGGAUUUGGCAGCACUUGUGUGCUCAAUGAUGUGAGUAGGAAUAUUUUUCCACUUUGAAUACUCAGCAAUGAUCAAUCCGAGAUCAGGCUUAGCGCAGUUAAGGCAUAAUCAAAAGCUGCUUUAAUCUUUGUAUUUUAGACAAUUUUAAUCAAACUAUUCAAACGUGCUAUUACACAUGUCUCGAACAGGUGGUACUUGAACCAAUGCCUUCUGUUUUGGAGAAAGGACACUACCACUGGACCACAUUGUAUCCUAUAGCAUUUCAAACGCGUGUUUUUCUUUUUAACAUUCGCGCCAUAGGGUUUUUACAGCACAGAAACAGGCUCUUUGGUCCAUUGUAUUUAUGCUGGCCAGAAGGAAACUGACAUUCUGUAAAUAAAAUUAAAUGUGUGAUUCAAAAAUUGACGUGAGAGAAAUGGCUUUUGAUUCCUGGGUCACCACUACUGGGAAAAUGGUAGCUAUAUUGAUGGAACGGUCUUCAGCAGAACUUCCUGGGACCUGUGC